CUGGUGCGCGCUUGAAUACCUCAACUCUCGUGUGAUGGUCAUGUGAUCCGGUGCGCUCUAGUAGCGGUGUGUUGCUGAAGAUGGCGUGCUGUGGAGGAUGUUUGUGUUGUCAGUGCUGCUGCAAUGAAGGCGAAACAAGAACACCAGAGGAGCUGACAAUACUGGGUGAAACCAGAGAAGACGAUGAUGAAAUAUUGCCAAGAAAAGACUAUGAGAGUUUGGAUUAUGACCGAUGUAUUAAUGAGCCAUUCUUGGAGGUUUUAGAGGGGUUGGAUAAUAAGAAAGCCAAAAAGUAUGAAGCCAUAAAGUGGAUUUUGGUCUUUGCGAUUGGAGUAUCAACAGGACUGACUGGCCUGUUUGUGGAUUUCUUUGUGCGGCUCUUCACUCAGCUGAAGUUCAGCUUGGUUGGACAAUCUGUGGAGGAAUGCAGUGAGAAUGGCUGUUUAGCUCUCUCAUUACUGGAGCUGCUGGCUCUCAAUAUGAUGUUCAUAUUCAUCUCCAGUGUUCUGGUGCUCAUUGAGCCUGUUGCAGCUGGGUCUGGCAUCCCAGAAAUUAAAAGUUACCUUAACGGAGUAAAGAUUCCAGGAAUUGUGCGGCUGCGGACCUUCAUUUGUAAGGUCACUGGGGUCCUGUUUGCUGUUGCUGGAGGAUUGUUUGUGGGUAAAGAGGGACCAAUGAUCCACAGUGGAGCGAUAGUAGGGGCAGGACUUCCUCAGUUUCAGAGCAUCACCUUCAAGAAGAUCCUUUUUCACUUCCCCUAUUUCCGCAGUGACAGGGACAAAAGGGAUUUUGUCUCAGCGGGUGCAGCGGCCGGAGUUGCAGCUGCCUUCGGGGCACCCAUAGGGGGCACACUCUUUAGUCUGGAGGAAGGGUCAUCCUUCUGGAACCAGGCUCUCACAUGGAAAGUGUUGUUCUGCUCCAUGUCUGCCACUUUCACACUCAAUUUCUUUCGUUCUGGGAUCAACUUCAAUAAAUGGGGAUCAUUCCAGCUCCCUGGCCUGCUCAACUUUGGGGAAUUUAAGUGCACAGAUGGAGAUAAGUCAUGUCAUUUGUGGACGGCAGUAGAUUUGGCAUUUUUUGUAUUAAUGGGGGUGGCAGGAGGUCUGCUUGGCGCGCUGUUCAACUGCAUCAACAAACGGCUCGCAAAAUACCGCAUGAGAAACGUUCAUCCCAAAGCAAGAUUCGUCAGGGUGUUGGAGAGUCUGUUGGUAUGUAUGGUGACUUCAUUAGUGAUCUUCAUGGCUUCAGUGACUCUGGGGGAGUGCCGCGAUUUAGUCUCCACCACAAAUAACACCACAUCAACACAGGGGUCUGUAAAUGAGGAGGUGAACUCAACCAUACGGCGAUUCUUCUGCUACAACAACACAUAUAAUGACAUGGCGACUCUGUUCUUCAACCCUCAAGAGGUGGCAAUCCACCAGCUCUUCCACCAGAAUGCUACCUUUAGUCCGGUCACCCUCUCGCUGUUCUUUGUGCUGUAUUUUUUUCUGAGCUGUUGGACAUAUGGUGUGUCCGUCCCCAGUGGUCUGUUUGUCCCGUCUCUUCUCUGUGGAGCUUCACUUGGACGCCUGGUGGCUAAUAUCCUCAAAAUUAACUUCCACAUGCAAAUCUAUUCGGGGACCUUUGCCUUGAUUGGAGCAGCUGCUUUCCUAGGAGGUGUGGUUAGAAUGACCAUCAGCCUGACAGUCAUCUUAAUUGAAUCGACCAAUGAGAUCACCUACGGACUUCCUAUUAUGAUAACACUAAUGGUGGCCAAAUGGACAGGAGAUUUCUUUAAUAAGGGAAUAUAUGAUAUUCACAUUCACCUGAAAGGAGUCCCGCUGCUGGAGUGGGAAACAGAAGUCGAGAUGGACAAAUUGACAGCCAGUGACAUCAUGGAGCCCAACCUGACAUAUGUGUAUCCUCACACCCGUAUUCAGUCUCUGGUCAGCAUCCUGAGGACCACAGUCUAUCACGCCUUCCCUGUCGUCACAGAGAACAGAGAUAAUGAGAAGGAGUUUAUGAAAGGAAAUAUCCUCAUAAGCAACAAUAUAAAAUUCAAGAAAACCAGCGUGUUGACGCGUGCGGGGGAGCAGAGACGGAGGUGUCAGUCAAUGAAAUCAUACCCGUCAAGUGAGCUACGCAAUGUAUGUGAUGAGCAGGUUGUUGUGGAGCCAGCGGAGGAAGGGCAGGACAUGCUUCAGCAGAUGCUGGAGAGGAGGUAUGUGCCGUACCCAAACCUUUACCCAGACCAGUCGCCCAGUGAGGAGUGGACCAUGGAGGAGAGGUUCCGCCCGCUCACCUUUCACGGACUCAUCUUGCGUUCACAGCUCGUCAACUUGCUCAUCCGCGGCGUCUGCUAUGCUGAAAACCAGUCGAGCGCCUCACAGCCACGGCUCUCUCAUUCAGAGAUGACUGAGGACUACCCACGAUUCCCUGACAUCCACGAUCUCGACCUGGCCCUUCUCAACCCACGCAUGAUUGUGGAUGUGACUCCUUACAUGAACCCCAGUCCGUAUACAGUCUCUCCAAACACGCGCGUCUCCCAAGUAUUCAAUCUGUUCAGGACCAUGGGGCUUCGACACUUACCUGUAGUCAAUGCAGUGGGAGAGAUUGUGGGAAUAAUCACCAGACAUAAUCUUACCCACGAGUUUUUAGUUGCUAAACUUCGACAGCAUUACAUCACAAUCUAAGACUCCACUGGCGCCAUCUGCGAUCAAUCAGCCAAACUUGAGUAGUGGCUCGCUCGAGAUGAGAUGAGCCGAACGCUCCAGGGACCUGAGACCAGAUCGCCUCCGGACCUGAACCCCCGCUUCAGGUCGCACCCUUAAGCCAUUCCUAGUUCCUGCGUGGACCACUAGAGUUCGGUAUCUGACCCGUCCAGGCACAAACACACACAAACACACAUCAUGCUAGCACUAAUGCAGGUGAGGUACCGUUAAUCAACACAUUUCAGGAAAGCAUCCUGAUUUCCUUGUACUGACGAUGUUCGCUGCCUGUGCUUUACCAACCUCACUGUAGCACUUUUAAUUUUGUCUCUUUUGAGUUCUGAAUGUUUUAAAUUGUGCUUACCAUUUCUGUGCAUUUAUGAAUGUUUGCUUUUGCACAAAGAGUGAGAUAAACCACUGACCACAGUCCCUGGUCAAAAUCUUUUUACUUAAAGGGUAAAUAUCAUGAAACCAAGAACAUGUCUGCGUCAUUAUUCACCCCAGAAUCAAAAGAAAGAUUUGUUCGUUUAUAAAGAAUUGUGGCACUGGUAAUGAAGGCUCCAAAUGAUUACUGUACUGCCAGAGUAAUAUUUAAAUUCUAUUGCCAUCAUUUAUUCUGAUUUCAAUAAAAUCAUUGUAUUGCAAUAAUACAAAUAUUUUACUUUUAAAUAUUUGUUUUAAAAAUUAUUGUAUUAAUGUAGAGAGUCAUCAAUACAUAAAUAAUUGGAAUGCAAUUGGUACAUAGCAGUAAUCUGAAAUUUUGCAAUUAACGUUAAAAUGCAACAAAAUACAUUUGUUAAAUAAGGCUUAAAUAAGGUUCAAUAAGGAAAUCAUUGAAAAUGUGGCGUUAAAUAAAUAUUAGAAGACCUCUUGCUAGGAGUCAUCCAUAAAAUAUAUGCAUACAGUUCUGAUUGAUGAUUCAUUAAGUCAUGCCAUUAUUUCUAUAAUGCCUUUUUCUAGUGACACGUUUGCUCUACUUUGAAAAGCAAUUUAUAGUUAUUCAAUUCCAGUCUUUUGGCAUUUAUAAGUGGAAAAUAUUCCAACUGUAAUUGUGGCAUUAACAGUAUUUUUACAGUUAUCAUCAAAUAAUCGUUUUUGCCCAUUCCAUUGAAAUGUCCUGACAUUCUUAACAUUGCUUUGUCAGGAAAGAAAGUUCUCAGGGUGUGUUUGUAAUAAUAAACCAAUCAAACCACCAUAAAGUCACUAAAUUACAGGGAUUUAUGUAAUAUUCUUCUUUUUGUAAUCUAACAUCCACUGUAACGUACAGUCAUGAUAUCGGUAUCAUUAUACGACUGGGGUUUGAUUUCAAGGGACUUAUAAGAGCAGACUAAAUAGUAUUAUAGGAAAUGGUGGCACAUUUGUACACUACACAUUCCUUCUUUUUUCGUUUAUUGUAAUUUUUUUUUAUUUGAUUUAUUUAAGAUGAAUUCCACUGAGGAGAUUUUGUCACAUGCUGCAAAUAAUGUUUAAUUUAUGCUUUAAAAUGUAAUUUAUCGAUUGCAGUUUUUUUAUUAUGAUGUGAAACAAUCACAGUUUUAUUUGAAGUGUCUUUUCAAAUGUAUGUUUUAUAACAUACGGUUUAUUUGAGUUUUCUUUGUUGACUGAAUAUGUGCUGCAGGUAUGGAGAGUUGACUGAACACCAUCCGUCUGUUAUUAGAGCUUCAUAAAGUGACAUGCAAAUGUUAUGUGAAAAUCAUCUGUAAUCUCAAUACUCGAUUGUAGUGUCAUGUACUCUAUCAUUAUGGUUUUUCAGGUGAUGGAUUCAAUGCAGUAUAGUUAAAAUAAAAUGUAUUCCCUUGUAAA